GUACCUACUACUAGUAGAAACGCAUCGAUCCCUGUUUCGACUCUUUUCAGCUACUACACCAGUGAUCAAUUAAUAGUACCUUCCUGAGGCAUGUACUAAUUACAACAUUGGUAUCUUUAUAGCGUUAAAUGAUUAACAUUGGAGCAUGUUUCAGCCCUACCUCGUACCUCAUCUCCUUAUUUGAUUACAACAUUUUGGUGUCUUACUUCGAAACUUCAACUUUUUGGUUGAAUCUAUCUGAUCUAUUUACCAAUGUGGGACUGUAUCCAUUGAUCCAUUACGUGACAAUGCCUAUUGUUCACGCAAUAUAUCGCCUAUAAAUGAACAAUUAUUGUUCUAGACCUCCAGAAUCAGGUGGUCCUACCUAUCAUCCGGCCUCAUGCCGAAUCCCCCGAGAGAUCGUGAUGACUCUUCUCAAAACGCUGCCCUAAAAGGCGCGUUUCUAGCCUUCCAGAAAUCCAUACCCAAACCUCCAUCUACGACUACUCCCUCUUCGAGAACUGCUGGCAAUGAUGCCCUCAUUGCCGCCACCUCGGCUUCGCGAGAUCAAUCUCGAACAACUAGUCGACACACAACGGGCAACAGUGUUCAGAGUAAUGCCAAGCUCGAAGCUGAACAGGGGUCAACGAGCCAAUCCGCCGGACAGCAUCUGCAGCCAUCAUCGGAGCAUAACCAUCGCCCUUCCACUUCCUUGGGACUUACUAGCAAACAGUCAAUGACAAACCCUCGUUCUCCAUCCUUUAUAGCCGCGACCCUCGCCGCCAGCAGAUCCGCCAGUCCCGUUCGUUUACAAUCGACACAACAGCAUCCGUAUUCUCAACAAGCUGCAAGGAAACUGAAAAGGCAUAGCCCCACCCCCAAUCAAAGCGCUGCCAGCUCAAUGACGAGUCUUGAUUUGGCAACGGAUACAACAUCGAUACCACCAACCAAUGCUCUGAUAUCCAUGUUUGAAAAGAAGGAGGAUGAUACGGAUCCUAUCAAAAAGACCACUGCGGCAUCGGGGAGCCGCAAAUUACGUGGACUAGGACCUGAGUCUCAACCUCUGAGCCCUCCAAGGACUAUUAGUCCCGUCUCUAAGAUCGAGCUAUCUCCCCCGAGACUGGCCAGUUCCAUGGCAUGGAACAGAGCAGUGUCCCCGUCAUCUUCCUCAAUUGGUUCUACCAUCCAAGAGAGUUCUAGCGAGCCCCAGAGUUUAUUAGUCGAGGUGAAGGGACGCCCGCCGACCCCACCACCAACAAGAGCGAAGAAAAAGGAAAUCAAUGCAUCUGCACAAAUUAUAGCCGCAGGGUCCAAGGGAAAGCUGCGUGCUUCGACACCAUCGUCAUCAUCCACCGGGCAGACAGACCCUAUCAUUAUCUCCCCCCACCCUGGGCGACAUGCCUCACAAAAAAUAAUAUUAAAUGAUAAAAGUGACCAUGGCUCGGUGUCCAAAGGCCAAACACGUCCACCUAUCACUGGAUCGCAGUCACCCGCUUCCCUUCACAACGUGCAAGGGCCGUUCCCACCAAAAGACAAAGUGCAUCGAAGAUCAACAUCAUCGAACGACACCUUCGUCUCCGCCUCAUCAGCACUAACCUUACCACUGGAUUCUCCUGUCCGAGGUAGAUCUCGGCCAUCCAGCCCGACUACGAUACGACCUAAGCGGCCCAUGUCAUCUCAACCUGUAUCUACUACUACUACCUUUAAGACUCGCCCACCUGCUCCACCUAGGCGGAGACAGCAACCCCAAUCGCAAAUACCAUUAGACUCGCUCACAGAUGCCAUCAUGGCGGGCUCCCUAGCCUCAUCCCGCCUUACACCCUCCUCGACGGGGCCAGCUUCGCCGCCUAAGCUACCACCUCGCCAUAAACACGCGCUGCAUAUGCGGCAAACACUACGGCAACCCCCUUCCAAAUCUGACGAGGAGGAUAACUCCUCGCGCGCGCGUUCGCGCCGCCGGAAGUCGCUAGGGAAGUUGGGUGGGAAGGGAAAGCAUGCCCAUCACGAGGGAGCGAGAAAACGGUGGCGAGAUGAGAUCACGGCGCGAGAGCGGAAGAGGUAUGAGGGCGUCUGGGCGAGCAAUCGGGGGUUGCUUCUCGCCUCUCCAGAUGAACAGUCUUUCCCACCCCAAGGCCAGAACGCGAACCCAGAAAAGGAAGCGCAGCGGAAGAGGGAGUGGGAGGAGAAAAAGGAACAACUCGUAGCCAACGUGAUAGUAAGGGAUCUAUGGGCGCGCAGCCGGCUGCCGUUCGACGAGUUGGCCGAGGUGUGGGAUCUAGUGGAUCGCCGUGGGAAAGGGUUCUUGGAUCGUUCAGAGUUCGUGGUUGGUAUGUGGCUCGUGGAUCAGAGGCUCCGUGGGAGGAAGAUCCCGAGGAAGGUCUCGGAGAGCGUGUGGGGGAGCGCCAGGGACGUCAUGGUUGUCGCUGUCAAGAAUAAGAAAUAAGCAGCAAGGGGGCCGGUUUUGGAUAUUGUCUUCGACGAGUAAUGGUGUGAUUACACACAGGUAGAUAGAUGCCUAGGUUAGAUAGCUUAGGAGGAAGGUUAGUUGGCUACUAGUGAGAGUAGGUCAUGAUACCCCCGAUAUAGGUUUAGCGUAGAAUAUUUAGAUGGUAUUCGUUUCAUUUCUUGGGUUUGGUUCCAUGAGCUUAGGUAUCUACUUAUCUAUACAGGCACAUCCACUGCCAAAAAGUAGUGGAUGAAUUUGAAUCGCAAUGCAUCUUCUAAUCAACCUCAUACUAGGUGACAGGAGGUCGUUGCUACCCCUAUUAUCUUUGACACUGGUGCUCAGCCUCACAGCAAUAUCUCAUAUUAAGAUUGACGUGUGAUAUAUGAGAAUAAAAUGAGAAUCUUUAUCCAAGGAGAAUGUGAAGACAAACAGCAGAUUGUUUCUAUAUCUAAGAUUAAUAUUCGCAACAUUGAAGCUCUAUAGAGUAAACGUAUAUACGUACGUAAUUACCUACC